UGGACGAUGUGUACGUAGUUUAAACGGCUCCACUUUUAGCCCAUGCUUGUUUGGGAAGUAGGGUGAGCUAAUCAAAAAUCUCCUCAUAGGCCACUAAAAUCUUUGAAAUGGGACAUAAACAUGGUCUCUGUUGAUAUCAGAGAGACUGAAGUACAAGCAAUGUGGCAUAGCUGUGAAAGCUGUCAGAGUUUGUUCUUGGCAGAAACAUCAACGUCAAAAGUACAUGGUAGGUAUAUGUAUGUAUAAAAUAAAAAGGCACGUGUCGCAGGGAAAUUAAUUAAUUAAGUGAAAUGCAACAAUGAAAACCAAAACCGAAAAGUAAGAACAAAAACUGAGAAGUGAGGAGCAAACUGUCAACCACAUGCUAGGUUUAUCAGUAAGUACACAUUUGGAGCAAAGAAAGACUCAACGUCUAGUUGCACCUUGCUCCCCAGUGUGAAACAAGAACACUGGACACAUGGAUCUUUCCUUUACCACCGUAGUACUAAAGCCAUAAGUAUUAUAAUUUUUGAGCUGCACUAUUGCUGUAUGUGCAGACAGACACACAAACCCAGUAUACACUGUAGAGCCUGGUGAAUCGUGACAAAUAGUGCCAUAGACUGAGGCAGGGGAUGUUGUCUUUAGUAAUAAAAAAUAUACAGGUAGGCUGAAGUGUAACCAUGCUGACAUAGCUUCCAGAGUUUGUUUAUGGCAGUAUAACCAAGGAAAGAGGUGCAGUCUUCAUUUCAGUUGUAAAGACGAGCUAAAGAAUACUGCUAAAGUGGAAGGAUGAAGAGUCUCCAGUUGGUUGUGGUGGCAGUAUUUGCCUUCUCUCUCAUGCAGACUGGAGCUUCCCAAUGUGAUGUUGUGAGGCUAGCUGCAGCAGUACAUGAGACACUGAGUCCAUUCAUGACUGAAAUGAGGGAGAGUCUUGCUGCUGUUAAGACUGAAAUGAAGGAAGAUCUUAGCAGAAUUGAAACUAAAGUUCAUUCUCUGAGUGGAGAUAUUGAAGAACACAAGAACAAGACUGCUGAACUCAGUAUGACAGUGACGACUGCACACUCUGAACUUGAGCGAAAUGUACUGACCAAUGUUACAAAUGGACUGAAGAAGACUGCUGACUAUAUACUUGAGCAUACUGGAGCUUCCCAAUGUGAUGUUGUGAGGCUAGCUGCAGCAGUGUAUGAGACUCUGAGUCCAUUGAUUGCUGAAAUGAAACAAGAAUUGGCUUCUGUUAAGACUGAACUAAGAGAAGGUCUGGCUGCAGUUAAAGAAAACCUAACCAACCUGAAUAUGGUUAAGUCUCUACUGAUCUCAGUCAAUACUAGUAUGAGUGAAGGACUGUCAGGAGUGAAGACUGAACUUCAAGAACACAGCAGCCAGACAACCUCAGAGCUAGCAGGACUGGAGACCAACCAGGAGACCAUUGACUCCAAGUUAGACUCUCUGGACUCCAAACAAGAUGGUCUCAGUAUGACAGUGACGACUGCACACUCUGAACUGGAGCGAAAUGUACUGACCAAUGUUACAAAGGAACUGAAGAAGACUGCUGACUAUAUACUUGAACUUGCACACACAUAUGAAUGUGGA